AUGUACAAGUCGCGCUCACUGAAAGAGGUUGAAACCAGAUACUCCGCGACUGAUCGAGAGGCACUAGCCGUACGCUGGGCAUGCAGGAGGCUACGAAGGUAUUUUCUCGGUGCACCAAAAUUCCGCAUCGUUACCGACCACCGUCCACUAACGUAUAUGUUCCGCAAGUUAUGCGGGGAGCUACCUCCAAGAGUCGAGAACUUUGUUAUGGACGUGCAAGAGUUUGAGUACGAGAUCGUCUACCGUCCGGGAAAGACAUGCAUCGCUGAUUACAUGUCACGACAUCAUGUUGAUCGAGCAGGAUCAAGUCGAGUGUUUAAGAUCGAGGCAGCAGCGGAGAGCGUUGUUGAGAGCGGGUGCUGCCACGCCCUUAAUGAACAAGGAACAGUGACGGUGGAGGAUAUUAGGGCUGAAUGA